AGCCACUCAAACAGAAGCAGUUCUCAGAAACAGGAUGAUGAAUGAUUCAAUGAGAAAGGCAGGAGGCCGCAGAAGGGGGGCGUUUCAACUGGUGCUGAACAGACUGUACAAAGAAACUGGCUGGGAUUUGGGACAUGUUUGUGGGAUAGCGCAAGUGAGACAGUCAACUGUGAUUACUUCAUCAACGUUGGCCUCGCUGCUACCUACGUGACUAUCUGCUUGAGUGCGCUGGUAGCGAGCCAACUCCAAAUGGGGAACCAGAACAGAACCAUGGGAACCCUCAACUGCGGUUGUCAACCAAAGUCACAGUCUCCACCUACAGCAGGAGUGGGGCAACUCUGGCCCUUCAGAUCUUGUUGGACUCCACCUCCCAUUAGCCCCAACCAGCAUGGCAAAUGAACAGGGAUAAUGGGAACCAUGGUCAAGCAACACCUGAAGGCCUACGGUUUCCUACCCCUCACCUACAGAAUGGCAGGUAAAAAAGAUGAGUGUGUGAUUUGCAGAGCUCCUUGUCGUACAAUAGUCCUUUCCAAAAAGGUGAAUUCAAAUAUCCAGUUGCUGUUUAUGGAAAUAGAUGGAUUAUGCAAAACAUAUUCCAAAGAAAUCACACAAAUUGCCCAUUUCCAAGAAAAACACAGAAGACGGUUAUUAGCAAACUACAAAGGAAAGAUUACAAAAUUGGAAGGAUAUCUUAAGAAAGCAACACAACAAAUGCAACAUAAACAGCAAGUGCAACACAGCUUUCAAUCUCAAAUCAGUAGGUCUUCACCAAUGGAAACAGAUUAUGUGCCGUCUUCAGUGAGGAAAACUGAAUCAGCUGCUGGACCAACCAGGAUAUCAUUGAUAAGCCCACCUCAGAAUGGACAUAUGGGUAGUGUUACAUGGAGAGGUUCUCAAUUGUCUGGAAUGACUUCUUCUCAAAACAGUUCAUCAGGCUCUGUAAGGUCAUUGUCCUUAAGAAUGCCAAAUAGGGAGACUUCUUAUAUGUCACCAUUCGUAUCAACACAAAAUAAUAGAGAUCAAACGCCAGAUGGAUUUGGACAAAGAACUAUGCAGCAUUAUCGAUGCACACCAACACCUUCACUCUCAUCAGUGACAAGACAUCCGAUCAGCCUUCCCAAUCUUUUACAAAGGCAGAAUUUAGGUAAGCUAGGUUCCACUAGUCUUCCGGGACAUUCAUUACACCUGCAAACGCCGUUCAACAGAGAACUCAUCCGCUGAAUAUUUUAAAAUGUAUAUAAAAAUAUAUAUAAAGAUUCAUACCACUGUACAGUAUCUGGCUUGAUUAAAACGUUAAUUUUUUUGUCA